AUGUUGCCCGUUGAGCUGACGCCCCCAUCCCGUGUUCUCAACUCUCAAAUCUCGCUUUACUCUGGCAUUGGUGCCAAUUCUUCAUAUCUCGGCCCUCCCACUACCUUGCACGCCGAAUCAUCUUCGCUCAUCUCGAUGCGUCAACAGCCUCAGACACAAGAUAUUGCCCCGAUCCCGCGUAGCGACGCUAACACGGCUAGCGAUCAUUCUCUCGCAUCGACCCUAUCUCUCAUAGAACAGGUCCAAGGCCUUUACGCGCCGGAGAAGGCGCUUGCAUCGAGCUUUGAUAAGAACGCAGGAGUAGCUGGCACAACGUGGGCCACUUCAGACAGUCACGCAACUCAUCAGUUGGUCGAUUCGGGCAUUGUCACCGCAUCUAGGACGCAUUGGUGGACCGCAGAAUCACGCGUCAGCGAGCUCUCACCUCGAACAACCUCGUCUCGUCCGCUCAAGGCGCAAGUCUAUCACAUGAGCACAACGCGCCAGGUACCCCAAGCGGAUGCGGACGUGGACGUGGAGGACCGUGCUGCAUCGAGCCACUCUUGGUCUGAGAGAAGCUAUCACAAUGAUCAUCGACGGAGCAUGCAGGGCUCAAGCUCCAGCAACGGCGACGCAUCCAGCAGCUCGCUGUCGAGCUCAGCGACAGAGCGGCUACCCGGCAUCGCACAUCUAGACCUCUUUUCAGCUUCGGCUCGCUCUCGUCAUGACAAGUACUCACUCCCUGACGCCUCUCUCCCAUAUCCUUCCUGGUCGUACGACCACAAGGUCGAUGGGUCCGGCACCGCCGCGCAGCAAAUUCACGACAAGCCACUCCCGUUGCCACACAUUCCGGCCUUAGCAAGAUCUUCGGGCACAUACAGCCCUGCGUUCAGCACCAGCACCUCUCGCGAUACACCAUCCAGACGUCCCGGGCCUGGUCUAAAUGUUGCGCCUGCACCUUCAUUGUUCUCGGCGCAAGCAUCACCUCUACGACCCUCUGUCUUGUCACAGCUGACAAGCGUUAAGAAAGAUAGAGAGUCAAAACAUUCAGACGACCGCGAUCCUUUUCCUGUCUCACUAAAGUACGACGGACUGCCACCUGCAGAUCAAAUACAAGAUCACAACGUCGACCCUAGACGACGAGCGUCCAUUGCCAACGCCUUGCCCUCAGUCUUGGCUCCGCGGGGACCGGCCCUUCCACCUCCGACCUGGUUCCGCACCGAUCUUAAGCGCAAGUCGGCCUACGAUGAUGAUGACGGCGAUCGCCGCUUGAAUGGCUCCUUUUCUGACAGGCGUAUCUGGUCCUCAUCGCGAGGCAGUCUUCCCGCUGCGCCGGUCUCGUAUGGAAAAAGUUACGCGGACGAAGACUUGCGAGGGGCAGGCCGCACGGCGCACGAGCCUUCGAUUGGGCCAGGCGGUCUCGCCUACCCCCAAGACGAUGUCGACCUCGGUAAUGGUCACUCAUACGGUGAGUUCUUCAAAGCUCCGCCCGAUCUCAUGCGCCCUCGUGCGUGGCCUUGCUCCAUUUACUCACCUACUAUUUGCUUUCUCACUCCAUACCCGUGCCUGCAGCUCGAAGCGCAGACAAUUCACCUAUCGAACAACGAUCGUACUUGGGCUCUGAUGCUCGAUACGAAAAAGACAGCUUGCAACGCAGUUCUAAUGAUCGACUCUCCGACCAGCGCAUGAUGUAUGCUUCAAGUUUCAGCGGAAUGCCUUCGUCCUCGAGAUCCGGCGUUUCACACUCAGAGGGUGCUUCUGACGGUAUGCAGUCGACCUAUCGAAAGCGCGGCAAAUUGCCCAAAGCGGUGACGGACCUGCUCAAGACAUGGCUACUCGAUCAUGCCACGCAUCCUUACCCUACCGACGAUGAGAAGCGCAGACUGUGCAGCAUCACUGGCUUGGCGAUGAGCCAAGUCUCGAAUUGGUUCAUCAACGCCCGCAGAAGGAUCCUUGUCCCAGUCUCGACCGGCGGCUUCGCUGUCGGCACCUCUGCAUCUGCAAGCCUGCCCACGCAAGGUCAGCAAAUGCACGCAGAUCGCUUGUACGGAGCCCAGCCAUCUCAUGGUCCCCCACAUCUUGGUCAGCGAUACGUCUCGCAUCAACAGCACUCCUUUGCACCAGUGUCUCAGUCACGCGACAACAAUUCUGGCAGUCACUAUCAUCCCUCUGACAUCACCCAGGCAUCAGAGUCUCUCCGUCCCUUGUAG